AUGACCGGCCCGUCCAUUCAAGAUCGUACCGGCGAGUUCCACGCCAUUCUGGGUCAAGCCCAGAAGCGCAUGGCCGCCAAUAAAGCUAGCGCACAGCGCCAGGCUCUUUUGACAGAUGCGCAGCGGAAACAAGCAAAUGGUUCCGCAGAUGGGCAGGGUGGCAAACGAAGGUCUGAGUUUGCCCGGAGAGCUGUGGAAAUUGGACGAGGGAUUACGGCAACAACAGCUAAGCUGCAGAGACUGGCCGAGUUGGCCAAGCGAAAAACGCUCUUUGACGACAGACCGGUUGAGAUCUCGGAGUUGACGUUCGUGAUCAAGCAAGAUCUCGCCUCGUUGAAUCAGCAAAUCGCCUCGUUGCAGGCGCUUACUCUUUCACAACAUCCCAAGAGCAAUCGGUCGAAGGCGGACCAGGAAGGAGAGCACAAUGACAAUGUGGUUGUCAUGCUGCAAGGAAAAUUGGCGGAUGUGGGAGCAAACUUCAAAGAUGUGCUUGAAGUGCGAACAAAGAACAUCCAGGCCUCGCGAUCCAGAACCGAAAACUUUGUCUCCUCGGUAUCCUCAAAGACACAUUCCGCCCUCGAUACGCAGCGCUCCGAUUCCCCGCUCUACAACACAUCCGGGCGGCGGACGCCUCAGCCGGGCGGUGCUUCCGAUCUACUGACUCUGGAACCUUCGAACCCAUCUCCACUCGGCCGCCCCUCUAUGCACUCAGAUCAGCAACUAUUGGUCAUGGAGGAAGCCCAGACGAGCAACGCCUAUAUCCAAGGGCGUGGCGAGGCAAUUGAUGCGAUUGAACGCACCAUCAGCGAGUUGGGUGGUAUCUUCGGUCAGCUUGCGCAGAUGGUCAGCGAGCAGUCCGACAUGAUCCAGCGGAUAGACGCCAACACGGAAGACGUGGUCGAUAACGUGCAGGGAGCGCAUCGCGAGUUACUGAAGUACUGGACGCGGGUAUCCGGGAACCGGUGGCUCAUCGCCAAGAUGUUUGGCGUCCUAAUGAUCUUCUUCCUACUUUGGGUGUUGAUAUCGGGAUAG